CCGCACCUCCCAAUGCAUGCCCAGUGCUUCUUCUGAGUCUGGUCGACUGCCACAUACAUUUCUACCGGUGUUGUUUGCCUCGCUGCGCGUGAAGCGUGGCAGUGUUGCUUUGUGAGCGCCCAUUGAAGCCGGCCAAACCGUCGACCUCUCCCUCUGCGCGUCAGUGCCUCGCCCCUCAAAGAUAACCACCGCGACGCGCGUUACAAUCUUGCUCUCGCACAGCCAUGGCCGAGCGCGACCUUUCGCCCACCUCGACGUCCUCGACUCUCUCCAACAUUACCGUGCGGACGGACAAGCAGCCCGACGAGCGCGCCAUGUCGAGCGCGUCGCCCUCCAUCUCGACGCCCCCCACGAGCCUCGGCGACGAAGCCAGCGUCCUUUCCGAGAUGCCCAAGAUGGAGCAGGCCGUCGAGGCCUUGGACGACGCUUCGGGGCUGGAAAUGAUGUGCGAAACGGCCCCGUCAGCCGAAACCACUGCUCCUCCUGACCAGGUCAGCAGCGAGAACCGCCGGCCCGCCAGGAGCUCGCGCAAGUCGGUGACGACGUACAAUGUGCAGAUUCUCGCGGGAACCGCCAUCCACACGCCGACCAAAUAUCUCGAGAAGCAUCACAAGAAUGUCGUGCAUGGCUCCCUCGAGUCGAUUAUAAAGCACGAGACACCCCCUGCAAAGCGGAAAUACCAAAAGCGCAAGUCGAUAGCGUCGGCGGCCAGCGCUCAGAUUGAGCAGCAGCUGGCGGCAGAAACCUCGCAGUCUGCCCGCCGUCGCACCUCGUCGCGGGUGACUGACCUCCGCAAGGAGGUGCUCCGGAAUAUAUCUGGUGUUGGAGAGGCUGUUACGAACACGUUGUCUGGAGGCAAGGCGCUGCUCCAGGGGGGUCUCCGGCGCAGCGCAUCAGCGCCUCAGCUGAAAUCAGCCCAGGCACGAUCAUCAACGGGCUCCCUCAAGCGCUCACGUGCUGCUGUGGAAGACAGCGAAGCCCCGCAGAGCGCUGAGCCACCAGAAGUUGCAAAGUCAAAGCCAAAGGUCUGGCUCAAACAAGGCCUGUAUGUGGGCCAGGAUCGCGACUUUGACCCUCGUCUCUCGGAAAGUCAAAAUCGCGCAAAGAAGAGGGCCAAGAAGUCCAAGGAGAGAAAUGUUCUACCCCUCCCCAUCUUCGCUACCGAUCGCCUGCUGAAUGAAGACCCAAAAUUGGUCUAUCGCGAUUUCAAGCUGCCGUUUGAUACCUAUCAUCCGUUGCCCAGGAAGAUCAAGGUGGAUGGCUGGGUCAAACUUAAUAAAAACAGGUUUAUUGGUGAUGCAUCGGCCCUAUGGAAACGCGACAAGCAAGAUACUUCGCAGUGCUACUGCGAUGUUCAAGAUGGCUGUGGAGAGUCUUGCCACAAUCGCAUCAUGGCCUACGAGUGCGACGGUACCAAUUGCCCGCUUACCAAGGAGCAGUGUAACAACCGGCCUUUUGCGGAGCUGAGGAGGCGCGCAAAAGGCAACCGUUACGACUAUGGCGUCGAGGUUUUGAAUACCGAGGACCGCGGCUACGGUGUGCGUGCUAUGAGGACAUUUGAGCCGCACCAGAUCAUUGUCGAGUAUGCUGGAGAGAUCAUCACGCAGUCCGAGUGCGAACGACGCAUGAAGCAGGUUUACAAGAAAGACAAGUGUUACUAUCUGAUGAGCUUCGACAACAAGAUGAUUAUUGAUGCGACGCGUGGAACCAUUGCUCGCUUUGUCAAUCAUUCCUGUGAGCCCAAUUGCGAGAUGAUCAAGUGGACAGUAGGAGGUGAGCCCCGCAUGGCUCUCUUCGCUGGACCUCGAGGAAUCAUGACUGGAGAGGAGUUGACGUACGAUUACAACUUUGAUCCUUUUUCGCAAAAGAACAUCCAAGAGUGCCGAUGUGGUACCGAGUCUUGUCGUGGUGUGCUGGGUCCUAAGCCCAAGAAACCCAUUGAGGAGAAGUCUAUCACUUCAGCACUCAUCACCGGCACUAAGCGUAAGCUUCAGGAUUUGUUGGGCCCAAGGCGAGGCGGUUCCGAAAGCAGUCACAACUCGCCGAAAAAGCGCAAACUAGGUGCCGGAAGUGCCGGCUCGACCAAGGCCAGAAACAAGUUAAUCGCAUCACAAACGGCCCGUGAGCGGGCUGAACAAGAAGCAAGUGAGCUCUCACGACAAGCCGCAUCACGAGAAAACCGGGCCCUCAAACGGUCGACAACAACAACAACCACAACCACAACGGGUCGCCAUGCACGAGCAGCUCCCACGCGGACCGCCCCGUCCGGCACCAUCAAAGUCACACGCCACACAACCGUCACGUUCCAACGCAAGGUAUCGCGGCCCGGCGCCUUGAAAGCCAUCAAGAAGCCCUCGCGAACACAGACGGACGCCCGCACCUUGGAGUCGAAGCCCAAGCCCAAAAAGGGCCUUCGCGCUGCCCAGCGCCCCACGACGCCCGACCGCGAAACAAGUGCCAGCGCCGAUGAAACAGAAGACGACGCCUCGGUAAACAUCACGCCCGCCUCGCUGCGCAGCGCAGCCAGGAAAUCAGCGCAAACUAGUCCCGCGGCUGUCCGUGCUGGCCUCCCCCGUCACGACAAGGAUGGAGACGUCCACAUGUCCGGUGGCUCGUCCAAAUCUAGCUUCGCCGUGCCAAACAGCCCCGCUGCUCCGGCGUCUCAGAAUAGUAGACCUCGUAGCGUGAGGAGAUAGAGUUGAGGCUAGCAAGUCCAGGAUGUGUGUGUGUGUGCGCGUGUGUAUGCGUGCGUGUGCAAGCGGGCUGUUUAUGUGUGUGUGUGGGGGGGGUGGUUCAAGUAUGCAUGUGUAUUGGUGUGUGUUU